AUGGACCAAAGAAAGAUGGAACGCUUUUCUUUCAGUGUGAUUUUGAUCCUGGCCUUUUCCAGAGCAUUUGAACUGGGAUUAGUCACUGGAUUGGGCCACUGUGAACUUGCCCGUCCGUCACAGGGAGACCUGGCCUUCAGAGGCGAUGGCCUUCAGUCCCGGGAGGAGCCUGCAAUUCGUCAUCGGCCUUCCCAGUUUGUACCAUCCACGGGAAUCCAGAACAGUAAGGAGCUAAACAGAACCUGCUGUCUGAAUGGGGGAACCUGCAUGCUGGGGUCCUUUUGUGCCUGCCCUCCCUCUUUCUAUGGACGGAACUGUGAGCAUGACAUGCGCAAACAGAACUGUGGGUCUGUGCUCCAUGACACCUGGCUGCCCAGGAAGUGUUCCAUGUGUAAAUGCUGGCACGGCCAGCUCCGCUGCUUUCCUCAGCCGUUCCUACCUGGUUGUGAUGGCCAUGUGAUGGAUGAGCACCUCACAGCUUCCGGGACUCCAGAAUUAACACUGUCUGCAUGUGCUCUUAUGCUACCUGGCAUCUGCCUUGCUAUACAAAGUUAUUAUUAA